AUGGGAUGUCAAACUUGUAUAUCUGCCGUCGUGACGUCGCCACACAUAAAUACUGGGGGCUCGCAGUUGUGGUGCUGCUGCCGUGGCCCCCCAAAAAUUGAGGAAAUCAGUUGUUUGGAUUUGUCUCAUCAUUCUCUUCUGGAUGUACCACCCAAUGUGUUCGAGUUAGAGCGUACACUAGAGGAACUUCACCUCAGUAAUAAUCAUAUUGUCGAUUUACCACGUCAGCUCUUUCUGUGCCACGAACUUCGUCGCUUACAUUUGCAGGACAACGAUAUUGCCGUUGUGCCUGGUGCUGUAGGGGAACUGUUGCAUCUUCAGUUUCUUGAUAUCAGUCGUAACGCUUUGACGCUCAUAUCAGAGGAGAUUCGUCAAUGUCGUCAUCUGACUGUUCUCAAUAUUAGUGCAAAUGCAUUAGGCCGCCUUCCUGAUGCAUUGACAUGCUUAUUGGCGCUGCAGGAGAUGUACCUAAACGACACAAUGCUUGAAUACUUGCCAGCUAAUUUUGGUCGCUUAGCAGAGCUACGUGUAUUAGAAGUCCGUGAAAAUACGUUAAUUACACUCCCACGAAGUAUGACAAGACUACAGAAAUUGCAGCGCCUUGAUAUUGGGGCCAAUGAUUUUCCAGAACUACCAGAAGUAGUAGGUCAUCUCAACUCUCUUACUGAGUUAUGGUGCGAUGGCAAUCACAUUCAUCGUAUUUCGUCCAAUGUGGCUAACUUGCGUUGCCUACAACACUUCGACGCGAAUGGAAAUCAGCUGCAGAUUCUACCGGCAGAAAUGGAUACAUGGACACACUUACAAGAACUGAGUUCUUCAUCGAACAGUCUUCGGACACUUCCAGAUGGUAUAGGCAAUUUCCUCUGUCUAGUUACACUCAAGUUGGACAACAAUCUACUGCAGGAUCUCCCAGAUACCAUAGCAAAUUGCAAAGCCUUGGAAGAGUUGAUUUUGAGCCAUAACCGUUUAACACAACUACCGAAUUCGGUGGGUGCUUUGAGGAAUUUACGUGUAUUAUCUGUGGACGAAAAUGAAUUAGAAGAGCUACCGGAAGAUCUUUGUAACUGUUCUGCUCUUGCUAUUCUUAGCGUGCGUGGAAAUCGAUUACGCAGCCUUCCUUCAAACUUAGGUCGUCUGGUAAAUCUUAGCGUACUAAAUGUGGUAAACAAUCUAUUAGUUGGGCUGCCACUCUCUCUAUUGCAACUUCAUCAAUUAGCAGCCAUUUGGGUAAGUGACAAUCAGAGUCAACCGCUGAUGCCGUUACAGCACGAAAUAGCAUCUGAUAAUUCAGUUCGUCUCACGUGCUUUAUGCUGCCACAAGGCGGUACUGAACUGCAUAGUGCUGACCCACAAAAACCACGGGAUAUCAAAACAGCACGUGUUGCGCCUCUAGUAGAGCGUCAAACCUGGCUCUUUGGUUGUCAUCGUAAUCCAAAAGUUUUUGAAAUAAUAUUACCGGCAGACACAGCCCCGCUGGUAAGCCUGAUUGCUACAGAAUGUGGUUUAUUUGUCAAUUCUGUUGAAGGUCUAGCUGCAUCACUUCUCAAACCACAGGAUAAAAUUCUUGAAGCGGAUGGUGUGGAUUGUAGUAAGAUAUCUAUCACUGCAGCACGAAGUCAUUUUUCGACUUCGAAACCUGUUCAACUAAUGAUCUCAAGAACAUAAAAAUGUAUUUUCAAGAAAUUCUUGUGUGAUUCCAGUGAAAUGAAUGCAAAUGCAGCAGAACGAAUAUAUAUAUAUAUAUGUGUGUGUGUGUGUGUGUGUGUGUAAUACAUUCCAAUUAUAAUUUCUACUGAAAGUUUUGUCAUUCAGCACUCAGAGACCCGAAUGUAUGUAAAUCUUUUUUAGGCGUAAUAAAUAAAGAAAAGUC